GUUCGGUUUGUCCCUCUGCGGCUCCUGUACGUACCGCAGUUUGAAUGUUGGGCGCGCUCAGACAGUUUGAGCAGUUUGUUGUGACAGUGAAAGAAAACUCAGGACAGAAGAAUGGCUUCCUCCGAUGAGGGCGCGUUCAAGACCCCUAAAACUGUCCGAGUCAGGAGCUCUACAAGCAGCGGAGGGACCCCCAUCACCAUCCCGGCUUCACCUUUCAUGAAGAAGUUGGGCUGUGGGACCGGAGUCAACGUUUACCUCAUGGACAGAAUGGGAAAGUUGAAUGCGUCUCCCUGGGCUGUGAAGAAGAUCAACAGCAGGUGUGCAACAAAUCAGAUGGCAGUUUAUCAGAAGCGCCUGAACGACGAGGCGAAGGUCCUGAAGGGGAUCAAUCAUCCGAACAUCGUUGGGUUUCGUGCCUUCACGACGGCCAAAGAUGGAUCAAAGUGUCUGGCCAUGGAGUACGGAGGAGAGCAGUCCCUCAAUGACCUGCUAGAGAAGAGGAGAGAGGAUGGCCUGAAAGCUUUCCCUGCUGCAAACAUAGAAAAAGUAGCACUGCACGUGGCUCGUGGCCUUCAGUAUCUCCACAAUGAGAAGAAGCUGCUGCACGGCGACAUGAAGUCAUGUAAUGUUGUCAUCAAGGGCGACUUUGAGACCGUCAAGAUCUGCGAUGUUGGUGUGUCUCUGCAGCUGGAUGAGAACAUGAAAGUGUCCGACCCAAAGGCCCAGUACAUCGGCACCGAGCCGUGGAAACCAAAGGAAGCUCUGUUUGAGGGAGGAGAGAUCACAGACAAGGCCGACAUCUUCGCCUUCGGUCUGACUCUGUGGGAGAUGAUGACGCUAGCGAUGCCUCACCUGGAGAUGCUGGAGGGCGACGACGAUGAAGAGGAUGAAGAGGAGGAAAGUUUCGAUGAGGACGCCUACUACGAGAAGUUGGGGACGAGGCCGGCGUUGGAUGCCGAGGCUCUUGGCAGCUCGUACCGGAGGAUGAUCGAGCUCUUCUAUCUCUGCACAGAGGAAGACCCCAAGAAGAGACCAUCAGCCGGUCAGAUCGUCCAGGCUUUAGAGAGCAACGCCCCUCUGGAUAAAACGCCCAGUGAGGUGAUCGUUAUCGACUGAUUUACACAACUCGGUCUACAUUUUGAUCUUUGAACCACAAGCUAAAAAUGUCAUGGGGUGUUUAGGAACCAGAACAUUCUGUCUUACGGGUCAAAAGAUUUUUUUGUCAGGGAUUUAUGAGAGAUUACAGACUGCAUGAACCCCAAAUUCAAUCCUUGCCAGCUAUUUACUUGUUUAUCUCCAGGAAACAUAAAUCAUGAGACGAUCCAGCCUAGAUAUAGAUGUUGGACACUGGUAAAACUAUCAUCUGACAUGAAUGAGUUAAACUGUAAUCUCUAUACUGUACAUCUUUGUCACUGUCACAUAACUCUUUUAUUUCUGUUUUCUUUUUCUGUGUAUGUCGACUUUUAUAGUGUCAAUGUUUUUACUUUCUUUACCUCCCUUUUUCCUUCUUGUUCCUCACGUAUGUAUGUUUGUGUCUCUGCACUUCUUUAAACUUCAUUUCUUGAUGAAACUCUUGAGGUAUCCUGAGUUUUUAUUUUAUGUUUUAAUAUCUUACAUUUACUCUACUGAUGUGUCAGUGACUGUGGCAGAUUGUACUGCAGCUUUGGUUAACAGAAAUCUCCAACAAACACACAUACCAGUGAAUUUUAAAUCUAAAAUUUAUUAGUUUUUACGCUAAGCUAACCAGCUCCUGGCUCCAUUUUAAAUAAUAACACAAACAAGAGACAUCAAUCCCCUCAUCUGACUCUUGGGAAAAAGAGAACAAAGAUAAUACUGUCCUCUUAGCAACACUCUAAGUGAACUGCCAAGAAACACACUGAGGUUCAUAAAACAAAGGAAACGUCUUUAUUAAAUGUAUUUACAAAGUAGAAUGCACCGAAACAAUGAUGACAUCCACCUUUCAACAUAUUUCCUUCAAAAACUUUGAGCUCGCAGUCUGAAAAAUAAAAUCUGAACAUGAACGAAUCGAAAAGUUUUUCUCUGCAAAAGACAAAAAUGAUCCCAACACAUCCUCCGAUUCAAAGCAAACUGUGUGGGUGUAUUCAGAAAGGUGGAAUAUUUUCAGUCAAGCUCUUUAUUAAGCAGAAUAUAAACAUCUGAAGAGAACGCACUGCCAAUAUACACACAACAUUCAACAGUAAAUUAAGCAGUACCACGUAUAAAUACUGAAUGAGAACAGGUGUAAACUCUAGACCUAAUUAAUCCUGAACACAGGAUGUAUUAUACACUAACAGACUAAAGCCUC